GUUUGGGGGUUGUGCCGAGUGCAGCUCUCCGGCCAUUGCGGGAACAUGGCGACCCUGAAGGCCGUAUGCGUGAUGAAGGGGGACGGCCCCGUGCAGGGCGUCAUCCACUUCCAGCAGCAGGGUAAUGGACCAGUAAAAAUUACAGGAAAAAUCAGUGGCUUGGCUGAUGGACAGCAUGGCUUCCAUGUGCAUGAAUUUGGUGACAAUACAAAUGGGUGUACCAGCGCAGGUCCUCACUUCAAUCCUGAAGGCAAGCAGCAUGGUGGACCAAGUGAUGCAGAAAGGCAUGUGGGAGACCUUGGCAAUGUGACUGCUAAAGGAGGAGUGGCAGAAGUGGCAAUAGAAGAUUCGGUCAUUUCUCUUAGCGGGCCGCACUGCAUCAUCGGACGUACCAUGGUGGUCCAUGAAAAAUCCGAUGACCUGGGUAGAGGGGGAGAUAAUGAGAGCAAAUUAACUGGAAAUGCUGGUCCUCGUUUAGCUUGUGGUGUGAUUGGGAUAGCGAAGAGCUAAGUAUUGCACCUGAAAUGCUUAAAAUGACAGUGAAGAAUGGGCUGUAUUUCAUUGCAGAUGUUGCACUUGCCCUUCCUUGUGCAAACCAGAUUUAUGACUUAAUCUCAUUACUACUCUGCAUUCUGGGUAUCACUUAAACUGGUGAAGACUGACUUAAUUUUGUAUGAUGUAUGUUGCAAUUAAAGUGACCCUGAUGGAAUGUCUCUGUAGCCUUCUGCUAAAGCAUCUGUUGUAACCAUUAAGUAUAAAUUCACUGACUGGACUCCUGUUCUGUGUAAUGGAAGAUGUGUAGUAGAUCACAACCUGAGCAGCAGAACUUCUAGUACACCAUGUGAUUUGGAGGUUUAGCCUUACGAGCUUUGGCAAGACUACUCACCAAAGAGCAGUAGGCACUGUAUGUAUCAGGGCUUCCUCCUGGCAAAGUUGCAGCACUUGUAGGUUUCAAACUUGUGUAAUAAACUUGCUGGGCAAAUG